AUGGCAGGAAAGGCUAUGGCACACUUACGACCUUUAGCGUUACACGAAUUUGGGUGCGGUUCAUACGAGAACCCUGUGACGUCAAACUGGGCGAUUUUGUUGAAGUCCACUUUUUGUUACUUAGUGUUUAAAAUAAUUCGCUACCAUUGUAUCGAUCUAACACGCGCCACAUGUGAACUAAAGUAUUCUUCUGUUACAAGCACGACGUAUUUGGUGACAGCGAACUCAACAGUGAAUAAAAAUGGACAAGGAGAAAACACCGCACUGAUAAGAACCACAAAUGAAGAAUUCAGUAACAGUUUUAAAUUUAAGAAAUUGAUCUCUUUAAUUAAGAACAAAUGA